GGAAAAGAAAAAGGAAAGAAAAAAAAACUUAGUGUUUGUAUACGCGAUUACGCUAGUGUUUGCUUGGUAGGAGUGAAGAAAUCCGUGACACGCUGCCAUCCAAAAAUGAUGCUCCCAAGCUAUAACGUCUUUCGGCCGUUUGCCAUCUUUGCCGGUGUGUUUGGCAUUUUUCAAUCCCUCAUAUGGAUCGGUUUCGCGAUCACGGGCAUCAUCUCGUACUAUUGCGAUAUAGAUUUUUCAGGCCAAUCGAGCACGAUGGGCUCGCUGCUAACGCUUACCUUCUUUAACAUCUACUUCCGCGGUACUUGCGUGCAGCAGAACAUCCCACCGAUUGACAUGUCACUGGUACAGCCGCUCAAUCUAAUGCCCGCGGGCGACGUGCACGCGUUCGUGUGGGUCUACCUCAUCAUACAUCUCUUCUGGGGCAUCAGCUCGCUGACGCUGCUCACAAAUGCACGGCACAAGUAUGUGCGCUACAUAAAUGUGUUCCUGUACAUCUGGAUCAUCAUCACCAUGAUCAUCAGCGUGCUCGAUCUGGCACUGGGCAUACUGUUUGCAAUCGAUUACGAUACGAUUGUUCGUGCACUGUUCGAGUAUCCGUUCGACAUGGGGCAGGUGCUACCGGCGGUCCAGGUGCUGGCCACGGCCGCGCACGUCUCCGGCAUCAUGAUGGUGAUGGCAUUCCGCGGCUGGAUCCUCUGGAUUGUCAACGUGUCGCUCGCGAUCUUCAUGUUCACGCAAACGUUUAAGAUAUACGACUACAAUCAGAUGCGCCGCAAGCAAAAGUCCACCGGUGGCACGGCAAACGGAGGCUACGUGCCGGAGGGUGAUACGAUGCGACGGCCACCCAUCGAUGCGUACGAUAUGAGUCAACCCCGCACGCAGUCGUUCGCCCAGCCGGUCGUGUCCGAGUACCGGCGCCCACUGGAACGUAUCAGCGAGGCACCGAUUCAGGUAGAGUCGCCCGUCCCACCGCAGCAGGACUGGAGCCAGCAGCAGCGGUCCUUCGAGCCAAAGCCAACCGUCGUCGUGAGCCGUACGCUCGAGCCCCUGGCCAGACCGCAAUCGAACGAACCGGAGGAACGUCCGACAGUCGACAAUCGUCCCAUCCCACCGCCACCCCCGCCAAAGAACUUCAUGAACACGGUGGUCCGACGGGACGUGGCGGCGGCAAAGGUAGCGCGCGAGCUUAACUAUCGCAACAGCUUCAACGUGAACAACAGUGGCAUUGCCGCGGUCAAUUUGCGUCCCACCGGGCUGAACCUUACCAACCCGGGACCGCUCGGCGGGGAGACGGAUCUGCCGACGCCCAACUACAGCCCGCCGAUGCCGCGCACCAAUCCGUUCGAAAACCGGCCACCGUUGCGAUCGGUGCUGCGAAAUUCGCGUUUCCAGUAGGGAGUGUUUCUAUGCUUAGGGCUUUCAUGCACAGUACUAUAACCCCCCUUAGUCGAUAAGUAGACAGAUAGGAAUGAAUAAAGCGGACUGGGAGUGGGUUAUUUUCUCUCCCUCUCUCUCUCGCUCUCUGUAUGUUUCACACGCACAACCCAAUA